AUGAGCACUUUUCAAUUUUCUGCCUAAGGCAAAUUUGAAUCUCUUCUCUAAAAAAUCUGUAUAAUUGAACAUCCACCAUUAAAGAAACAGUACUCUUUUAAGAAAAAAUUAGGGAAGGGUGGAUAGGCUCAGGUCGACCUUUAUCACGCAAAUGAGGAUCCAGAUGACGAAUAUGCUGUUAAAACAUUUUAGAUAAAAUUGAAGGAUAAUACUAGUGAAAUAUACAGAGAAAUUCAAUUUUUGAGAGAGUUAGAAAUUUGCAAUAAUAUUGUCUAGUUGCAUUCUGUUUACAGAGAAAUCGAUAAAAUCCAUCUAGUAAUGAGUUUUGCAAAAUACGGUCCAUUAAUUGAUCAUUUGUACAAUAAUAAGUUACUAGUUGAGAACGAUAUAAAAGUUAUUAUGGGAUAGCUAAUACUAGCCGUGGACCUAAUGCACAAAAAAGGAAUUAUACAUCGUGAUAUUAAACCAGACAACAUUCUAGUGGUUAAUCAGGAUAAUUUGCAGGUGUGUAUAGCUGACCUCGGGCUGUCGUGUAAAGUGUCAGAGAAUGAGAUAUUGGCAAAAAAAUGUGGUACACCAGGCUAUGUGGCCCCUGAAAUACUAAUGGGAAAAAAUACUUCUCUGAAAAGCGACAUAUUUAGUCUGGGUUGUCUGUUUUAUAAUUUAUUAACAGGCUAGGUUCUUUUCUGGGGCUAGAACAAGAAAGAGAUAUUGAAGAGCAAUUAGUACGCCAAUCCAUGGAAGAUAAUUGAUAGUGAUGAGCUCUCUAUAUCGUAAGAAUGUAUGGAACUGUUAAAAUGGAUGCUGCAUAGAGAUCCUAAUUAAAGGCCCUCUACGGAAGAGUGUCUUAAUCAAGAUCGGGAGGCACUUUAAAAUUCUCUCUGGGUAAAUAAAUUCGCCUCAAACGCUAGAAAGAAUCCCCGCUAAUUAUAUGACGAGCUAAUAUUGCAACCAGAAUUGCAUUCAUUUAUUUAUGCACCUAACUUCUAUAGGCCUGAUUAAAAUUCCUUUUGGUAAUCUAUGAAUGAAGGCGAUAUGUCUUGUGGAGGAGGCUUAACAAGAAAAAGGGAUAUGUCGAAUCCCCAUAGCAAGGACAACUUUAAGAUUUGUUACAGUAAAGCACUUUAGAAUGCUAGACUCUCAAAUUCUCCAUGCAAUACAAUUAAAAAUAACUGGAGUUCUUUCGGAAAAGACAACUACGAUUUCAAAACAGCAGCAGCGCAAAAGUUAUUUGAGAUAAAGCCUUAAGGUGCAGUAGCUGCUCUACAUGACUAAGUUUUGUAGUUAAGCAGUCCAUUAAACGCUAAACGAGUUUAGCUAUAACGCUUGGAAGAGUAAAAAGAGGAGGAUGAGGAAACAUUUCAAUUUAGACAUGAUGAUUUUGAGGAAUAUCCAAUUUAAAAAUAUUAGUUCUAGCAUGCUCAAGAUAUUUAACUUAAGCUUAAAAAUCGAAUUGAGAUUGAUAGAGUUUUGAAUUAUGACAAAUCUCUCUGGUACAAGAAUCAAAGAGACAAAUAGGUUUUAGUCAGAGGGUACACAUUUGAAAAUAUAGGUAGGAAAAUGAUAUUAUGA